CAAUAAUUUAUCACUCAUUACUCAUUACCAGAAGUAUAUGAAUUUUUUAACUAAGACAUUUAAUUCCUUAACUGGGAAUUCAAUUCCCUAUACACUUAAGGAUAAAAUUGUUGAUCCUGUUGAUGGGAAAUCUGUCAUUGAUCAUAAUUCUAUUUGGACAGUUUAUAAUGCUACUAAUCCUAAAUCAGAUAAUAGUUCAGUAACCGUAUUUGAAUUUAAUCUCACUGAUCCAAAAAAUAUUCAAUCGGGCUUUGAUUCAUUAGCUCGUAAUGCGUUUAAGAAAUUAAAGUUAAUUAGAUUCCCAGGUAUAAUCUCCACCGUGGAGUUUAUUGAAAAUGAUACUUAUUUAUAUAUUAUUACUGAACCUGUUAUACCAUUAUUAACAUAUUUAAAUCAAGUUUCUCAUGAUAUUUCAGUUGAUGCUAAGUUAUAUGGCUUAUACCAUGUAGCUCAAAGUAUAUCAUUUAUUAAUCAAACUUGUACUAGUUUACAUGGGAAUGUAAAUUUAUUGAAUUCAGUAUACGUCAAUCAACAAGGAGAUUGGAAGUUAUUUGGAUUUGAAGUAUUAACAAAUUUACAAUCUGAUCCAGAUCAACCAAUAUACAGAUUUUCUCAAAGAUUACCAGGAUUCAAUUACUUUUUACCAACUGAUGUUUCUGAUGGAAAUAUUGAAGCUAUAAGAUCCUUCCCUAUAAAGUUUGAUUCUUACAAGUUUGGUGUGUUUAUUUUUCAAAUAUUAACAACUAAAGAUUUUACUUCAUUUGAUCCAACCUAUAAUAAAGGGUUGAAUGAAUCCUUAGUACCUGCAAAAUUAAGAACUUCUUUUAAGAAAUUAAUAAAUCCAAAAUUGGGAUUGAGAAUCACAGUAGAGAAGUUUUUGGAAGUUGAAGAAACUAAUUUUGAACUGAAUAAAUUAAUUACAUUUAAUAAACAAUUAGAAGAUUUGAAAUUUCAAAAUGAUCAACAGAAAUUUGAAUUCUUCAAAUAUGAAUUGGGAACAUUAUUCAAUGAUGAUUCAAAUAAUUACUAUUUUCCUUCUGGUUUACUUGAAUAUAAAUUAUUACCUGAAUUGAUAAGCCAGUACAAUAAUAUUGCAAAGAACAAAUUUGCUGCUAGUGUGACAGAUCCAGCUGUCCUUCAACAAAGACAAGAAUCUCAUUCUAUUUUGUUGAAUUUCAUUCUUAAAUUUGGAAUCAAAUUAACAUUAGAUCAAUUCAAUAAGUUAAUAAAACCUAUCAUUUUUGAAUCAUUCACUCUGGGUGAUAGAUCAGUAAGAUUAACUUUAUUGAAUCAUUUACCUGGGUUUGAAAAAUUCUUGACUGAUUCAGAAGUACAACUGAAAAUAUUCUUAAACCUUAUUAAUGGGUUUCAAGAUACAAAUUUUAUGAUCAGAGAAACUACUUUGAAGUCUAUCACUAUUAUUAUUGAUAAAGUUUCUGUCAAACAAGUAAAUCAAGAUUUAUUGAAAGUCUUAGCCAAAUCUCAAAUGGAUCCAAAACCUUCCAUCAGAGUUAAUACUUUAAUUUUGAUUAUUAAAAUAUCCCCAAAGAUAUAUUCAAAUUCCAAAAACAGCGUUAUAAUAACAGCUUUAUCUAAAUCUUUGAGAGACACCUUUACUCCUUGUAAAAUGACUGCAUUAUCGGGAUUUGAAAGCUUGAUUGGUGAAUUCUCUUUAGAUGAAAUUUGUUCAAAGAUAUUGGGUCAAUUGGCCAUUUCAUUAAUGGAUAAGAAGUCUACAAAAGUUCGUAAUGAAGCAAGAAGAAUUUUUAAACUAUAUUUAGAUUCAGUAGAGAGCCAUUCUAAUUCUUUACCUGAAGUUGAAGAUGAUGAAAAUCAAGAAGAAGCUGAAUUCUUUAGAAAGUUUUCCGCUUCUAACCCUAUUACAUCAUCGACUUCGGGCACAUCUGAUAAUAAUAAUAGUGCACCAAGUGAUAAUAAUGGGCUGAGUGCUUUAUCAUCUUUCGGAUGGGGAGUGGUCAAUAAAAUUGUUUCUGGAGGUGCUGUAGAAGGUCAAUUAAACAAUGAUUUUAAUGUUUCAACACCAGACUUGACUAGAAUAUCAACUCCUACUGCGACCCAUACAAAGGUGGCUGCAACAACCACCAACGCAACAGAAAGUUCUUGGGAUGAUUUCAACAAUGAUAUUGAUGUUGAUGAUGGUUGGAAUAUGGAUGAUGAAGUAACUGAAGAUCCUGUGCCUCCAGUUCAAAAUGUUAAUGAAAGUUUUAAAGCCUUAAAAUUAUCGGAAGCCAACAAACCAAAUAGAAAGGCUCCAAUUAAAAGUCUGACUUUAAGAUCAGGCAACACUACAACUAGAAAGACAUCAAGCCUAAAGUUAGGUUCACAUGCAAAGAAGACUGUAACACCUUUGAAACUUAAUCUUAAAGUAGAGGAGGAUGAAAACGAUGGCUGGGGAGAUAAUUGGUGAUUUUGAAAUAUUUCAACUGAUACAGUAGUCAUGUUUGCCGUUGGUGUGUGUUCUUCGUCAAAUUCUAUACAUGUUAAUAAUAACUAUUUUAUAUAGGAAAUAGAUUAAUUAAUUCUACAUUUUUUGCUGGCUGAAUGACUUGCUAGUCAUAUUAGCUCGACAUUAAUUAUGACGAUAUGCAAUAAUAUCACCUUACUUUCGUAUGAACCCAAAAGAUUAGUAAGUGAAUGCUAAGAUGUAUUCGGUUAUAACAUUUCAACAUAAGUGUUGUUUUAUCCAAUAGUAACUGUCUGCAAGAGUAGUAAUAGAAAUUAUGUAUAUAUAUUAAUGAAC